CUAUUUUUACUGGCUAUCCUGAUAAGCCUAUAUCUGCAGUAAUAGGAGGUUGUGGUGGUGUCAAGAUCUUACGUGAAUUGAAUUCUUUGCUUUUUAAUAAUACGGCAGAUGAAGUAGGUCUUUUAUCAGUUGGUAAUGGAGAACGUUCUCUUGGAGGUUGUGGCGGUGGAGAUAAAGAACGUCGUCGUGUAGGAGCCAAUGGAGGCGAUGAUGAUGCAUUCGGAGUUGUGUCUUGUGGUGGCGGAGGUAGAACUCGCCCAUUUCGCGGAGGAUGCGUUGACUGUACAUUGCGCGAAGGUAGGGGAGGAGGUGAUGAUGAUGAUGUGGUAUUCGUAGUUGCACGUGCCGGAGCUGGCGGUGGUACAGGUGAUGCUUUCGAAGUACGAGAAGGCAGUGGUGGAACACGAUUUGGCAAUGCAGGUGGUGUUGCAGAAAUCGACGUGUCUACAUUAGAUGCUACGGUCUUAACAAGAUUCUUUGGAACUAUAAUUUUAUUUGAUGUAACAGGAGGAAUAACUAAGCUAGAUGCGCGAUUAUCAGCGCUCGAAGACCUUGGACGUCCACCUGGUAAAGGAGGAGGAGUGGCUAAACCUAAAAGAAAUGAAUUUAUGAUUAAUUUUUCGGCAGCAGUAUUACGACUCUUCAAUUUUGGUACACCGCCUGCAAACAAGCCACCAAGGCCAACAGGCGUGGGCAGAUUGGCACUACCACCGUUGCCAGCAGACAAAGAACGGCCUUUAGCACUACUAGACAUUAUAGUUGAGUUUCCUAUAAAUGAUUAA